UUUGUUAUUUCUCUACGGCUUCCUUCGAAAGCUUUGCGGUUUCCCACCGAGUCUUCCAGCUUGAGCGCCUCCCUCCAAGGAAUCGAGAAAGUGACGAAGCGGCACCGGUCGUGGGAAGCGAGGAUGUUCUAUUCGCACUCUCUCCUCUCGAGAAAUGGUCCCCUGGGCACCAUAUGGGUCGCUGCCCAGUGCUUCAAGAAACUCAAGAGGGAGCAGAUUGCCCACGCCGACAUCUCCUCUUCAGUGGAUAAAAUUGUGCCUGAAAUCCAGAUAUCAUACAGAGUCUUAGCCCAACUUCUGCUGGGUAUCGUGAGGAUAUUCUCAAAGAAAGUUGACUAUCUCUACCAUGAUUGCAACGUGGCUUUGAUUUGCAUAAGAAAAUCAUUGGCUCCUGUCAAACUCACUGAAACAAAGAGAGCAAAUACCAGAACACGACACCACUUGAUAGAAGCGGGACACAAACCAGACCAUGAUAUAAGUUCAUCAAAAGAACCAAUCUUUGCAGAACCAGUGGAAACCAUGCGUGCUCCAUACCAUCAUAUUACUAUCAGUGUACCUGAAAGACUGGCACUUGAUUCUUUUGAUCUGGAUGUUCCAGAUGACAAUGACACAGCCAAUACCAGUCCUCAUGAACAGUUUACACUUCAAGACAAUAACUUCACUGUUGUUUCAAAUACCUGCCUUCUAACAGGUCAAUGCCUGGAUGAUAACAAUGACCUUUCUUGUCUGAAUGAGUGCAAUCACAGGGAAUCAGUCAUGUGCGAUGAAAUUAAUUCUUCAUGCUUUACACCCGUUAAUGAUGUUCUUCCAUCCCAUAUGAUGGACAUUAACCUUGAGUUCGAUGAAGAGUGCAACUUUAGCUGUGGAAACGCAGAAAAGGAGAAUCUUCAAGGAGAUGUCAGAUUUCAUGGAUGGCUAGAGGAGAAAAAAUCAUUGGAUCCCAUCAUGCCUGAUGGAGAAUCAGAAGAUCGGCUUCAUCCUGUAAAAACGAUGAAGACUACAGAUUCUGAUAUUGCUGAUGCUGUUAGGAAUCUACCGAAUCCAGCAGAUCCUUUGGUGUCACAGGAGGCAUUUUCAUCAAAUUAUAAAAAUUUGUCAGCCUAUACAAAUAAAAGUGCAAUGGUUACACAUCCCACUAAAACCCAUAAUGAAGAUCUGUCCCCAUGUGAUCUAGGUGUUCCUUCUCCUAAAUUUACUGUCCGGACUCCAGCUAAAAGAGAACAUCAUCGUAUACUGAAGAAGAGAAAGAAUUUCUUUGAUGAAACAAUAGUGCUAUCCAAUGAGUCUCUAAGGAAGGGAAUACAUGAUGCUAGUAGUUUAAUUUUCAAAAGGAGAAAAGUACCUCACACGCUUCUGGAUGCCUGGAAGUCUUACAGAAUCCCUAAUCUGCAGCAGAACAUUUUGGAACCUGUGAUUACUUGUAUGGCCUCAGAGCUCAAGGCUCUCUUUCAAAGCAGUUCCUCUUUUUAUUCACCAAUACAUAGGUCCGCAAAUCACCACUUAGAAUCACAGGAUGUGGAUCACCAAACAUCCAGCAAAUCCACUAAAGUUGAACAUUCCUACAACAAACCUGAUAUUGAAGUUUCACCUCCUAAGAGUCAUGCUGAUGUGCCUAGAACUGAUACACUUGGUGAAAUGGAGGUAAAUUUAUCUCUGGGUUUAUCAGGCACUGGGUUGGAUCUUAUGGGUCAGGAUCUUGAGUCUCAGGAAAAGGGUACUAUUGGCCAAGAUAAUGGAUGGUCACUAAGAAGCAGGGGUGUGGUGCAGUAUCUUUCUAGCAAACUUUUGCAUCCUAAAGGUGAACAACGAGAAGAGAGUCUGAGUUUACAGCAAAUUUUACUAUGGAGCAAAAGAUCUGACUCUGCUAGAUUUUUUUAUGAAAUUCUGAUCUUGAAGGGAUGUCAAAGCAUAGAUGUCAAUCAGGACUCUCCAUACAGUGAUAUAAUUAUAUUCCCAACCCCAAAACUGGAAGCAGAUCUUAGAAGCUGACAAGUUCAACUUAGUCGCAAAGCGAACUUAUCAGAGGCGGAUGGAUGUUAUGUUCCAUUCCCAUUUUUGUGCAACUUGCUAGCCCAGUGGUUUCUUGUAAAUAUCAGUGUAAUCAUACAAAAUAACCUUUUCAACUUGCUAGCCCAGUGGGUUCUUGUAAAUAUCAGUGUAAUCAUACAAUAAAACCUUAACACUGGUUUAAUAGUUUCAG